AUGGCCACCCCUGCUGCCGACGCUAGGACAGGAAGAAUAGGGCCGCGUGAGCCGACGAGGGCUCCGAGGAGUGCGUCCGCCCCAAACCCGACCCCCGCCCCCAGUUAUAUGCUUUGGACUGAGAUUGACAAAUCAUUCCUUGUGUCACAUCUUCUGUGCACUGGCGGUGGAGACUCAAUGGCUGUAGUGCACCUAUAUUUUGGCGUGGACGUACAUGUAGCCAUACCAUGUGAUGGAGGCAUGAAGGAACUGGACGCCGGGUGGGGGUACGGGCGGCCUGGGCAUAGUCACGGUUACAGACUCAUAGCAGGCUCAGGUCAUAUCCUACCGCCGCCGGCCACCACGGAGCAUGCCCCAUCCGCUGCUGGACGCCCCAAUCCAGAGCAACCUAGAGGGCUAUCGCGCGUGCGCCGAAUAGUUUGCUCAGAGCCGGCACAAGCUGUUGGCAUCCCCAUGGGAGCGGAGACGAACCUCUCGUCGCCGCAGCUAGAUCCGACCAAGUCGCGGGAGUCGGUGACCCUACUCAACGACGAUCAGAACUGGAUGUUGGCGCUGCGGGAGUCUGUGUCGUUCGGGCGGUUCCUAGCCGAGCCACUCGAGUGGGAUACUACUGGGCAUGUCUCUCGCUGGCAACGAUGGCGCAUGUCCGAUCACCGUCGACAGCUGAGCUUGAUCUGCCAGUACAUGCCGUGGCGUUCAGACUUCAAUCUGUGUCCUCCAGCUGCAGUGUUGCGCACAUUGGAAGUUCUGGACCAGCCCAGAGUUGUAAUCCAUGCUUGCCUGCGGCUCGUUCGUCACUAA